UCCAAUUCCACCUCACAUUCCUUAUCUUCCUCCUUCUCAUCGUCGUGGAGUUUCAGUUUCCGAUGAAAACUUAAUUUCAGAACCAAAAAAAAAAAACAUGAACACGGUAAUCUCACCUUCUACAAACCGUUACCUUUGGGCGGUUCCCUACUCUUCUCUCUCUCAGGUUCGAAACAACAACACAAACGUUGUUAACGUUACAAGAUUCGGUUCCACACUUACUACCAAUGUCUUCUCACACUCUCUCGUUCAUGCCAAGCUCUCUGCACGGGCCACUUCCGAUGAAGUAGACAUGCAAAUAGUGACUGAGGAACUUGUAGAGGAGACGAACGCUGAAGAGAAAACCAACCAGGACAACACGUCUACUUUUUCUGCUCCAAUUGACAAAGAACUUAAAAAGGUUGCUCAGAAAACUGCUGCUACCUUUGCGCCAAGGGCUUCCACAGCUACCAAAAACCCUGCAGUGCCCGGAACUGUUUUGUACACCGUUUUUGAGGUUCAAGGGUAUGUUUCAAUGUUGUUGGGUGGAGCUUUGUCUUUUAAUCUCAUAUUUCCUUCUGAUGAACCUGACAUUUGGAGAUUAAUGGGAAUGUGGUCCAUCUGGAUGUUCACAAUUCCUUCAUUACGAGCUCGAGAUUGCUCAAAGAAUGAGAAAGAAGCUCUCAACUAUCUUUUUCUCCUCGUCCCAUUGAUCAAUGUUGUAAUCCCAUUCUUUUGGAAGUCAUUUGCUAUUGUUUGGUCGGCUGAUGUAGUUGCCUUCCUUGGAAUGUAUUCAUGGAAGGUUGGAUGGUUUCAGAGAACGGAUUAGGGAACUCAAACUUGGUUAUCAUCAAAAGCGUGCCUUCAAGGCUUGUUGGAUCUUGACAUCAUGGAUCUUAAUUCUACAUGCCACACAGCAACGAAUUGUCACAGAUGCAUUCUUCUUAUAGGUUCUUUAAAAAAUUUUGCAUUUUGUAUGUGUUGCGCGUCUCACAUUUCAGAGAACUGAAAUUCCCAUGUCAUAACAGUAAUCUCCCAAAGAUGAAAUAUAAUGUAGCCAUUAUACACGGAUUUUAUAUCAGAUUUUCUAUGGCUUUAAC